UGCGGACACAUAUAUUCACAUCAUCCCAUACCCACGUCCGUCCAUCACCGACACACCUAACACCACCAUGAGAGCCAGGAUGAGAGUGUUGCUGCUGUUUCUGGCAGCAGCUGUUUGUGCUUCAAAUGCUCAGACCAACAACAGCGGCAACGACAACAAGCAGCAGCAGCAACAGCAACAGCGAAGCAUUUGGGAUGACCCCAUAAGAUUCUCCACCAAAACCAAGGACACCUGCACCAUGGUGGUGUCUGGAGCUGGGGACUAUACUCGCCUGCGUGUCUCCUGCAAAGGUCCUAGCCAGGGCCAGACCCCAGGACGCUCCUACUACUGUGACUUCCAGGGAAAACCCAACCUGUGCCGUGCCUACAACCUCAACCCUCGCCACUACUUCACCCAGAUGAUGUGGGAGUUGAGGAAGCUGAGCCACGCCUGUCAAGGACCCAAAAUCUACCGCCCACAUAUGUGCAAGAAAUAUCCCGAUGAGGCACAGAUGACCUUCCUGUCUGCCUGGCCCAAGACCACCACCCCUAAGCCCUCCAAGCCUGUGCUGGAACAGCGCAAACCUGUGGUGCCAGCCCAGACCAAGCCCGUCACUACUCCUAAACCGGUCAAGCCCCAGCCUCAUCAGCCUGUAAAGCCCCAGCCAGGCAAGGGCCCCCAGACCAGGAAAACCACCCCCAAGCCUGGGAAGACCACUACUCGUCCCACAGAGCAGCCCGAGUCCAGAGCCUCACGCCUCGCCUCUGAGUACUGCUGGAAGAGCUUCCAUGGCAUCUGCAGCUACGUCAUUAGCUGGUUCAAAAACUGAGACGAUACUGCAGACACAGGUUUGAAACACCAGUGAUGGACCCAGUCAGAACUCUUCUCAUCUACCUUUGACCUCUCCAGGACAUGCGUGGGAGCCUCUGGAGUAACGUCAUCCCUUUGUGAGGUCUGACUCCCGACACUGCAGCAUCUGAUGGGCUGAGCCUGUGUACGGUUAGCAGAUGACUGCUUGCACUGUCAUGUAGUGUACAUGUCGUUUUUAAAUCUGUAAAACACACACAGCAAGGCAAAGGGAAAAUAUGGCAGGCAUGUUUUUUUCUGUUUGUAUAUGAUGUAAAAUUCCCUC